CUCAAGAGGUUGCAAGGCUAAAAUGCUAACGUGCAAACAUGCUAACCCGGGGAGGUUUACCGGCUAAAAAGCGGAAAAGCAAACAGCGUAAACAGUAGAAAAGGCUCCUCCGUGAGUGAAGAUCGGUCGCAGAGGCUGAUGGCAAAGUGAGGAGAAAGUUUUUAACUUUUCACGCAGUCUGUGUUCGGCUGCUGCUAGCCUGCUAAGAGCUAACCGAGCGGUUCGCACUUUGAAAAGUUUCUGAGGAUUUGUGAGGAGGGUGGGAGGAGGAGGGAUUCAUGACAGGGGAGGGAGUCAAGCACCCACCGAUCCUGGCCGCGCUGUUCAGGAUGAGUGAGGACCUGGAGCUGCUGGGGACCGCGGAGUUUAUUAAAGAGCGUCUGUACUUCGCCACAUUACGCAGUAAACCUAAAAGCACAGCCAACACUCACUACUUCUGCACCGAUGACGAGUUCAUCUACGAAAAUUUCUAUGCAGACUUUGGUCCACUGAACCUGGCCAUGUUGUACCGAUACUGCUGCAAACUCAACAAGAAGCUGAAGUCCUUCACUCUGACCAGGAAACGAAUUGUUCACUACACCAGCUUCGACCAGAGGAAGAGAUCCAACGCUGCCGUGCUGAUCGGAGGAUACGCUGUGAUCUACCUGAAGAAAACUCCAGAAGAAGCCUACAGAGCUCUGAUAUCCGGUUCAAACGCCUCCUACCUGCCCUUCAGGGAUGCCUCCUUUGGAAACUGCAGCUACAACCUUACACUGUUGGACUGUCUGCAGGGCAUCGGGAAGGCUCUGCAGCAUGGCUUCUUCAACUUUGAGACCUUCGAUGUGGACGAGUACGAACACUAUGAGCGGGUGGAGAAUGGAGAUCUGAACUGGAUUGUCCCAGGGAAGAUUCUGGCCUUCAGUGGACCUCAUCUUAAAACGAAAAUAGAGAACGGUUACCCUCUCCAUGCCCCCGAGGCGUACUUCCCGUACUUCAGGAAACACAACGUGACCACUGUCAUCCGUCUGAACAAGAAGAUCUAUGACUCCAAACGUUUCACCGACGCCGGCUUCGACCACUACGAGCUGUUCUUCUUGGACGGCAGCACGCCCAGCGACAUGAUCACACGCCGCUUCCUGCACAUCUGUGAGAGCACAGACGGAGCUGUGGCCGUCCACUGCAAGGCUGGUCUGGGUAGGACGGGCACUCUGAUUGGCUGUUACCUGAUGAAACAUUACCGCUUCACGGCAGGAGAGGCCAUCGCCUGGAUCAGGAUCUGCAGGCCAGGCUCUGUGAUUGGACCACAGCAGAACUUCCUGGAAGAGAAGCAAGCAGCGCUGUGGUCGCUAGGCGACAGUGAACGUUUAAAGAAGGCCAAGCUGGAGGAGAGGGCGGUGACUCACCUCAUCACCACUAUGGAUGACCUCACCUUAAACCCCGCCCACAACAGCAACAUGUGCCAUCUGCAGGAGAGUGAGGGAACAGACAGUGGUCUGGGUCUGACUCAGGGAGACAAACUGAGAGCCUUAAAGAGCCGACGCCCCCCUCGCCCCGCCACCACCGGAGCUCUGAGGGUGGAGGAGAUGAAGAUGCACAGCAGAUCAGCCUCUCAGCCUCUCAGGUUGUCACUGGGGGUGGGCCAGGGCCCCUCCUCCCCCCUCAAGUCCUCCAAGUUCCCAGCAUCCUCUGCUUCUGCUGCCGCCAAGAGGAUUGGGAGAAGUCCUUCAUCAUCUGCGUCAAACAUCAGGAGCUCAGCUCUCAGCUCUCGAUUGGCCAGCUCUCUCAGUGAUCUGUACGCUGCAGACGUGGAGGAGGACAGGAAGACUCCCUACUCUUCUCCGUCCCCCUCCUCCUCAUCCUCUUCCUCUGUGUCUCUCAGUCCUUUCCCCUCCCCUCUGGCCCCUCCCCCUCUCUGCCGCUAUGGUAACGGACCUCGCAGCAUGCAGCAUGAGAUCAACAACAACAAUGGUCCAUUCGCUGGCUCUGCGGCACCACCCGUAGGGAAAAGCUUUGUCCGACCAGGCCCUCAGGACUUAAGCUCCUACAGGGGCCCCGGGCCUUACAACGCCAUGAAGGGCCCGUCAGGACGCUACCUGAGCCGCUCCAUACCUUCUCUUCAGUCUGAAUACAUCCAAUACUAAAACUACAGGUCUGACUUGAGGACACAUUACCCACAAUCCCUCCUGACUACCCAGAAUCCCUCCCGUGUCGGAUGCUCAAAGGGAAGCUAAUAAACCAGCAGGACUGUCUGAUUCUCCUCUGAGCCGGUAAUAGCUGCUCUGUGUUCAUACUGUCUGUAUAUAUGAUGUAAUCUACACGUGUGUUUGGCUGCAGCAGAAGAUUUAUUUAGAUACAGAAGACAGAUUUUAUAUUUCUGAUUUGUGACAGAAGAAAACAUAUUUUUGUUUUAAUGAAGAUCAUUUUGAGUUUUUUGAUAAAUGGAAGGAUCAGCUGACAAAGACUGACUCUGUCGUCGUGGUUACAGUAUUUACUUUCUGUGGGAAGGACAGAACAGAUUCACUAUGAUGGACUGAACCAACAGCAACAAUGAGAAUAAUAAUGAGAGAAGAAGAAGUAGAAGAAGAAGAAGAAGGGACCAAAAACAGAAUGUCAGCAUCAAACUCAGGGGAUUAAAGAGUGUGUGUGUGUAUGUACGUGUCUUUCAGUGGUUGUGUGGACAAAUUUUGUUUCUAAACCAUUGUUUUGAGGACAUUUUGAUGUUGUGAGGACACACAAUGUCAAGAUGUCCACACAACUUUAAAGGCUGUAUGAGGGUUAAGACCUGGUUUUAGUUAAGGUUAGGGUGGGGGGUCAAUGAGUGUCCUCACAAAGACAGUAAGAUGUGUGUGUGUGUGUGUGACAGUGUGCACCCACUCAGCCUUAAAAACUGUUAGUUAACCAGCAAGUCGAUCAGCAAUAACUGAACAUGCAGGCUCCAUCCAGGUGAACCAGGGUUAGGGUCUGUUGGUUACUGAUGGCAUUUUAUAGACUGAAGGGUUCAUCCGUUCAAUGAGGAGAAUCAGAUGAACUGAUGAAGACAGUAACUCUGUGAGAACAGGUGCAGUAACAACAGCAGUGUUUGUGUUUCUUCCCCUUAAGUCAAAGUGAAUUUGACCAAAUUCUGUUUAAAAAUUGUCAUCUGGGGACGGAAGACCUUUACGAGCCUCUGUCUUUGUAAAGCAGCAGCAUUGUCUCAGCUCAGGUGAUGAUGUGUUCACUGACCAGUGGCGCUGAGGGGACCUAGCAGAAGGGAUCAGUGUACGUCAGAUGGACACUGUUAAAACACUCGUUUGUUUAAAGCACAGUUGUCCAACACAGAGACACCCAAAGUCAUAAAGACAGAGCCACACCUGUUUGGGAACUGCAGGUCCUGAUAUACUGGUCCAGUUCAUACCAGGCUGGGCGUCUACUUGUACAGACUGUGUCUUGGUGUGUACAGCACUGGGACAUGUGGACACAGAGUAUGACGGCCUGUCCUCAAGCUCAGAUGGGAAGAUCAAUAAAAGACGAGAUCCAACAUGUAAAUCAGAGGGACUAGGCUAACCGUUUCCCCCUGCUUCCAGUCUUUAUGCUAAGCUAAGCUAACCACAUCCAGGGCCUGUCUCUGUACAGGACACAGGUUAAAGGACAUCCAUCUAAACACCGGACUCUCAGAAGAUGGGGAACAAGAAGAUCUGCUGAUGUGUCAGCUUCGUGUUUUUGAAAACCAGACACUGACUGAAUAUUGGUCAGCUGAUUGGCUGUCUGGAGAUCAGCUGAUCCUCUUCACAUCCAUGUGAUUCACCCGCUGAUUGUUCAAAAUGCUGAUUGGUUGAAAUGAUAGCUGAAGGUGGACGUAAGGGUGUUUAACGUCAGUUGGGUCUGAUGUUUUUGAUGUUUGCGUCUUCUACCUCCUCGGAUGACGUCUUCACCACCAGCUCUUUAUUUACUCGUACUGUACAUGAGACAUUUAAGAAGGGUGCACGUGUAAUAUACGUGUCACAAACUCGAGCCUUUAACAUUUUUAUGAGGACACCACUCAGACACUUUCAAAAUAAAAGCUCCAAGUUUACAGAAACAGUCAUCCUGCUGUAAAGGGACAGAUUUUCAGCUAUCUGUUGAUUCUCUCAGUCAGAGGAUUAUUAAAGUUUGUUCAAGUUUGUUUUCAGGAAACUCAGGCUAUGAAGUCACUGAAGUGCCUUAAAUGUGUUAAAACUCAUCACGUUUGAGCAUUUGAAGGUUUCUGGGAAAAUGUCUGAUGUGUGCAGGGGGCUUUUAUUUUGGAAUGGAAAUGUUUAAAUGAAGUAUUUUAAUUGUUUCUUCACUGAUGAAAGUCCUGAUCCUCUAAGCGAUGCCUUUAUUCAAGUCUUUUAUGAACGGACAAGUUAGAAAAUAAAUGUGUAGCUUUUUCUUUUAACUGAAAGCUGAGUUUAUUUCUGAGCAGUAACACAAAUAAAAGAAUUAUUCUUCUGA